AUGGCGGUUCGCAUGCUUUCUCGGUUGAAUUGGGUUUCAAGGCGUUUUUACGCUGCUACUGCGGAUUCAUCAAAAAUGACUUUAGCAGAGAAGGAAGCAGCAGAGUCCAAACAUGCUGAAUGUAAGUUUCAAAUGUGAUAAUAAGAGCGAGAUAUAUCGCAAAAGCGAUAUUGUUGUCUGAUAUUUGGUCGACCUAUUAAUCAUAUGACAAUUUUAUAAGACAGGAUUAAAAGUCUUAGAAACUCCCCCUUCUUUCCUUCCAACUCGAUUUUUUAAGACGUGUUUGAAUAGGUCUCUUUUUAGUAAGAACUAGCGUGUACCAUCCCAGAAGUCAUUUCAACUAGCCGAAAGAAAAUUUUAAUGAGCGGGAUUGAUUUCAGUUCUUCAGUAAUUUGAAUCGCUGUGGCUAUAUGGCCGGUAACCGGUCAAGGUUUUCAAAACACUAAAUGGCCGGCAGUCCGUUAUUCUCAGUAAAUUUCACAAAAUCGAAAGAUUCCAGCUAAUGUAAACUAUCAUACGUCGAUUUAGAAAAGUCAAGGAUCCUGAAAUGCUUUACAGAUCUCAAGUCUAAUGUUUGGUUUACGCUGAACCAUGUUUUGUGAGACUUUUCAGCUCGACUGCCAGUCAAGGUUUUCAAAACACUAAAUGGCCGGCAGUCCGUUAUUCUCAGUAAAUUUCACAAAAUUGAAAGAUUCUAGCUAAUCUAAACUAUAACAUGUCGUGAUCGUGAUCAAACCAGCCGGUUUUGUGGGAUUUCUAUAUCAUAUUUUUGUUGGUCGCGAGUCUUUGGAUGUUCGUUACUGUUUUCUGUCCAAAGCGUGGCGUGACAGGCGACGUUUGACGUCAUGCCAUCUUGACCUUUCAUGCGGCCUUUGCGGAAAACCGGCAGGAAUCUUUCGAUUUUGUGAAAUUUACUGAGAAUAUAGAACUGCUGGCCAUUUAGUGUUUUGAAAACCUUGACCGGCAGUCGAGCUGAAAAGUCUCACAAAACAUGGUUCAGCGUAAACCAAACAUUAGACUUGAGAUCUGUAAAGCAUUUCAGGAUCGCUUGACUUUUCUAAAUCAACGUAUGAUAGUUUACAUUAGCUGGAAUCUUUCGAUUUUGUGAAAUUUACCAAGAAUAUAGAACUGCCGGCCAUUUAGUGUUUUGAAAACCUUGACCGGCAGUCGAGCUGAAAAAAUUUCCAAGUGUCACAAAACAUGAUUUCCUCCUCUGAGCCCAGCGCAAACCAAACACUAGACCAAAGAUCUGUAAAGCAUUUCAGGAUCACUUGACUUUUCUAAAUCGACAUAUGAUAGUUAAGAUUAGCUGGAAUCUUUCAAUUUUGUGAAAUUUACUGAGAAUAUAGAACUACCGGCCAUUUAGUAUUUUGAAAACCUUGACCGGUUACCGGCCAUAUAGCCACAGCGAAUUUGAAUUCCCCCAAAAAACUUCACUCACCCCACGGGCAAGUUAAGAACAGACUUGACUAGCCCAAAAGCAAAACUACUAACCCUUGGCUAUGGGUCACUACUUUCUUUGUAUGCUGAGUUUGUAUUCUUUUUUAAUAUUUUAGCAACCAUGAAGACAUGGAAGAACAUUUCAAUUUUUGUCGCUGUGCCAGCAAUUUUGAUCUGUGCUUACAAUGCCUGGGUGAAGGAAAAGGAGCAUCAUACCCAUCCUAGGCCAGAGUUUCUUGAGUAUCCCCAUCUAAGGAUUCGUAACAAGGUAAAUUAACUGAAAAAGAAUGAUCCAAAUUGCUGUGCUUUUCAAUAACGUGCGAACUCCGAAGUUCAAAAGCCAACUUGCGUUUUCGUUCUUCACUGCCAUCAGUCAUCUUAGCGGACCCCUCAAGAAACAGAAAUUUACUUUCAGUGAGUUCAAACGUUUAUGGCGUGUGAUUUGUUAGUGGUGGAUUUUGAUCCACUUUGUGUGGUUCUGAAUCUCGGCACCAUUACUUGUGAUCGUAAUUGAAUUUCAGAGUUUGCAUGUUAUUGAAAAGCAUAGUAAUGGUUAUUUAUUAACUAUACACCAAUCCCAGGUAAGGCAAGACCCUAAAUUUCAAUCUGACAUCAAAGUUGAUGAUAGACAAAAUCUUUAAGAUUGCACAGAAUAGGAAGGGAGUGUUUUUUUCUGUAUUAAAUUAAUUAUUGCCUUCUUCACAUGAUACAUUAACAGCAACUUUUUGUUCAUUUCUUUGCAACUGAGUCCCAAAUGAUACUCAAAAUACCUGUAAUAAAGCAGCUCUUACAGUAGUUUUAAUAACACAUCUCACAGCUUUUUUCAGUAAACAGAGUUUCAAAAUAUGGACAGAAGCAAUCCAACCAUCUUGUCUUGAAUUUGUACUGAAGAAAUUUACAGGAAUGAUACUUUUACUUUCAAAGAUGUUGAAACACACAACAUAUUUUUCUUUGUUUGAGAUUUGAAUAAAUUUUAUGUCCAGGCUUGUAAGUACCUAAGUUGACUAAUAUUCUGAGACAUAAACCCUUUACAAUUAAAAAAAUUGUCAUAUUCUACUUAUUAUUUGGGAAUGACUUCGAUUAAUAGGAAUGGAUUGCAUUUCAUGUUCAAAACUGAAUACUUGAAAUUGCACCUGGUCGCUAGAGGUGCUUACGAUUUACUCACAGACGACUAAAAUUAAAAGCAAGUAGUCCACACAAGCGCCUAAAACUUAUGCUUCUUAUGACAAUAGCUUCUAUGCCAACUUCAAAUUAACAAACAACAAAAUUCCCUGCUCAUUCUGCGCUUUUGAAACAAAAACUUAAAGCGUGUGGUGGUCGAGUGUGGGCAAAAAUAAUUCUGCAAGUAAAAUUAAACAAACAAGCACUUGUCUUGAAAUUCGCACCAGUGACCUCCACUCCCAGGGCUUCUGCUGCAGUACAGUUGAAGUUUCUUGUCUCACAAAGAUCUCAAAUGAAUUUUGUAGUCUCAGAAAAACUUUUGGUAUCCAAAAAUGCCUUUAGUUGGUCCUUUUUACUGCUUAAGAACUUUAACUUCACUUCGCUUAAAUUGUACGUGUAAGCACUGUUGAUUGGCGUGAAUGGUUGAUUCAUGCCUCUUGAAACUCAAACAAAUCAAGUUUCGAGAUGCAUGAAUCGAGUUUAGGGGAUCUGCUUACUUACAGCAAAGGAGAUACAGAUACUGUCGAUAAGGUCAUCCUGGUUAAUGAGGUUUAGGUACCAUUGCUCCAGAUUCAUUCUUGAAAUACAGUUGGGGUUCAGGAAAAGAUUGGCCCUUGAAUGUUUGCUCAACUUGAACUGUGCUACUUUUUAUGCCCUAAUGAAUUUGAAGUUUAUCAAUCAAUGGGUUUCUAGAAAUGUGGCUGGGGCUCCUAACUUUUUACUUUAACUUUUUUUUCUUAUGCAGUAGCCUUGACCAGAAUCUUCCAAACAUAGCCUCCUCUGGAGUAAAGAAUGUUGAUUGGGUCAUUUGCUAACAUCAAUCAAAAUUGCACCAGAGAAAUAUGCCUCUUUUGUCUUGUGUUGCUUCCAGUCACUUACCUGUAACAGGAAAACGUUCUUUCCAUUCUUUGACGAUUUUUUUUUUUCAGAGUUACAGGGCUCGAAAUAAUUUUCGAAUAGUCUCCGGUCACGAUGACCGGCCAAAUUCAUUUUUGCUCGGUCACGUAUCGUUUCUGGCCGGUCAAAUGUAUACGAUGAAUUACUCUUUUAGGGGCCCAUAAACCCAAAACGUUACGAAUUUAUUUCGCAAGAGUCGUUGCUAAGAGCUUAUAGCACUUCAGUAAAGUGCUUUACGAUAAAAGUAAAAUACAACGGCGAAAUGAAAAUAAGCUUAAUUAAGCUUAUGUGUAUUAUCGUUACACUUUCUGUAAGACUUACAUGUUAAAUAUCAUCAUUCAGUACACAUUAAAUUUGUCUGGGGCGUUCACAUGCAUGUAUAAUGAUUUCUGGUGUGAGAUCUUGAUCCUAAAACUCCGGCAGAGUGUUUGUACAUUGUUUAUCAGGUUCACGGUUGUACAACCUUUCAUGUUUACAUUACGUACGCGGCCGAUUAACACAUCGAUAAAGUUGCGAAGAGUGAAAUAAUUAUUGUAACGUUGCUAUGAAUUAUAGUCCCUUUGCAGUACACUGCUUUGAUAAUAUUUGUUCCGCUUAAGGAAUUAAUUUAUACGCAGGGACAAAUGUACAACUUGAAAAUUACUAAUAAAAGUGGAAAUAUUUGCUAAUUUUGUGACUGGAAGUGGGCAAAUCCCGAUGUCUGUUUCGAUGCGCGAAUUGUAAACAACGGCUCUAGUUGCAUGUCACCAGGAUUUCAUAUCAAAGUUCCGCAAUACACAGCGACUCGAUAAAUAACAACUGAAACAACUGAACAGCAGGAACCUUAAAUUUAUUUCAUUUUCAGUACGAUUGAAUUUUGACCGGUCAACAUGACCGGCAAGACGAAAGUUUGACCGGUCAAAUCCACAAUCAGUCCGGACAUUGUCCGUUGACCGGCCGUUAUUUCGAGCCCUGGAGUUAAGUCACCUGCAUUUUAAGAAUCAUCUUUUUGGGUAUUGUAAAUUAAGAGCUUCUUUAUACCAAAAAGCACUUUUUUUAUCACAACUGAACAAUAAUUACUUGUGCGCUGUUAGGUCAAGAGCUAUGUUUGAUAGGAGUACAGACCCUGGAAAUGACUGGAUGGUAGCACAAUUUGUUUUUCUCUUUCUUGCACGCCCAAUUUUCCAAGAAACUUCGACAGAAAUGGGCAUCAAAAUAAUCUUGAUGCCCAUAAUAAUUUUAUUAUCAAUGUUAGUGUAAAACAAAUUGAGAGCAUGGUCUGUUCUCUUAUGGACCAUAGAAAUGAGGUCAAAAUUUUGGUUUUACUUUGCAGUAAAACAACUUGCCAUUAUAGUCAUUUCUAUGGUCAGUAAGAGUACAGACCAUGGAAAAUUGUUAUCGAUUUGGUAAAGUGGUGACUUUUUGUGGGGCAAACAAAAAAUAAUUGGUAAGUGAGAUGUGUUGAUCAGCCAACUGUCACCUGUUGUGCACAUUCAUGAACAUUCCAAUCAUGACAAUAACAAACCAAAGAGCACUCCUCAUUUGGAAGAAGGCUAUUGUUGAAUGCAUUACGAUAAUUAUUAUUUAGAACGAAAAAGAAAUGUUGAGGGCAAUAAUUCCUUUCCUAAUAAUUAUAAUAUUGAUAAAAGUCAUUCCUAAAUAAUGCGUGGAACAUGCUAGGUAUUUGGACUGUAAGACAGUUGUGACUUAUAUACUGUAUUUUGCAGGCAUUCCCAUGGGGUGAUGGAAAUCACAGCUUGUUCCAUAAUCCACAUGCCAAUGCUUUACCUGCUGGUUAUGAAGAUGGCGAUGAAGGUCAUGAACACUGA